AGCACCCUCAAUACAGAAUCGGGUUUUUGCCGUAUGAUAUAGGCCUCCUUAAAUUGUCACCCAUGGUCGUGUAUAAUUGUAAGUAAGCUGUUUGACGUAUUUCGCCAAACUUUUUAAUGCUUUUCUCCGCAGUAAACGUUAUACCAAUCUGCAUUUACACGAAUAAGGCAAUUAAGAAAAGCGUGGAAAUGUUGAGAAGGUUCGAUGCCCUUGGCUGGGGCCUAAAAAAACAUGUUAAGGAUAGUGAAAUUCUUCAAACUAUCACUCUUAACCAGUUGGAUAAGGAUGAAUGCAGAGAAUUGGCUUUUCAAGAUCUCUUAUCGUCUCAGAUCUGUGCUGGAUCCCCAAAUGAUGACACCUGGGUGGGAGAUUCUGGCGGUCCGUUGAUCAACAAGCUUCAAAUAAACAACCAAAUUCGUACAACCCAGCUCGGUAUCGUUAGCUUUGGGAGAUGCGAUUUAUCAGUCUAUACGGAUGUGACUAGCUUUGUAGAUUGGAUUCAGGAAACAAUAAAUAGCUCUGAAGAUCAACAAAGUGGACAAGAAUAAGAAAGCUAAUAAUAUACCUGCGCAUCCCAACCUAUGUAAACAUCAACUCGGGGUUAAG